UCUCUCUUUUCCUCUCUCUCUCCCGAUGAAUCUUCAACAUGAUCGGAAUCUUUUCAGUCGUGAUUAUAUCAUCUGGAUUUUUGGACACGGUUUACUCGAGGGAGGAACAUUUGUGGUGUUAUGAUUGUAACACGGAUUUAAGACAAGGACAUAAACGGGAUUGUAAUGAUCCUUUUACACCUGGUCAUUUUGAUCUAGUCGCCUGUCCUCGGAAUGAAUCUCAUCAUUGCCAUAAAAGUAUCAUAUUAUACAGAAAUAUUUUAGUGACAGUACGAGCGUGUGUAUCAUCUCGCCAAGUCAACGAUUACUGUAAUCAUGAAGAUAAUUUCCCACAUUCAAGUAUCGAGUGUUAUUUCUGUAAGGAAAACGCUUGCAACAACACGGAAUCAUUCAGCACGACAACAAAAUGAUAUUUUCUUCAGAUUUAAAAAGUAUUUCGAUGCGAAAUCGAAAAAAAUAGGAAUUACUGAAAAAAUGACAAAAUCUUAUACGUGAGAUGUCAGUAGCCAAACAAGAACUGCCGAUUUCUAAAUACGCAGCGUCCUUUACAAACCUUACAUUUUACAUGCAUACAUAUGUAUAAUUAGAUGUAUGAAUGAACGGCACGGAAGUGAUUAUUAAGGGGAACAGGUCAAAUACUGGUGUCAAGUCGGUAAUGUUCAGCAGGGUUAAGUGCUUUCUUGACCUCUCUCAAUGGGUUGGCAGGACACAUUUUACAGUGUCAAAUCAAAUUUUGCAUAUUUAAAAAAUUGCUCGAAAAAAUAUUUAAACAAUCUGAAAAAUAUUUAAACAAUCU